AUGCCGCUGACAAGAGCAAAGGUCGCCAACGUCGCAAGAAGUGUGACGAGAGCCGUGAUCGCUGCAAGAACUGCACGAGGAAUGGCCUUGAAUGUGCCUGGCUGCCGAGGGACAGGAUCAAGGGAACGAAAUUUACCGCGCAAUAGAAAGAGGUUCCAGGCCUCACAAGGAUCUAAUGGACUGGAGAGCUGGCCUGACAGGCACUUGUUUGGCGACAUUUUAGCAAACAAAGGGCCACGGUCACCCCCAGCACAUAUUCCCUCCCAGACGCCUCUUCUUCGGCUCUAUAUCACGCCUCCGAGCACGGAGGAGUCAACAUCUACAGCCUUGCUCGCCUCGUUUGUCCAUGAUUUCUUGCCCCGCCGCAUCCGUCCACGCUCCCAUGCAUAUUUCUUUCGUUUCUCCUACACAUACGACCUGGCGCCGUGUUAUCCGGCACUGCUCAAUGCUUGCCUGGCAUGUUCGGCUCAUGCGAUAGGGGUCAAGCUGGGCAUUGCGCAGGAGGCUCGAAUAAAAGCCGACGACUUCUAUGCCAGGUCUAUCCGUGCACUUCGGGCCACAAUCCAGCAUGGCGCAUGUGACGGUACCGAGGAUUGGCUCGUUUCCGGCCAGGUGUUCCGCGAACGAGCAAGAAGGAAACUGGAUGCGACGUCCAGAGGAGGUUGGUACCCGUCGAUGAGCGCGCUGACGCGGUCAACCCUCGUCUUUGAUCGCAUUUUUACCGAGUCCUUCCUAUAUCAUUCCUUGUUGAUAUCUAUUCGGGACAAGAGUCUCUCACCCCUUCAAGAUCCGACGCUCCGUCCUGUGUUCGACACUUAUUUAGAGCACUGUCAGAUCUCAGUGUCGCCGGAGCCGGAGAACUGGCCCAUUUUCGGGAUGCCCUAUCCCCUCGUGCGGCUCUUCUCAGACCUUGUGGCCUCCCUCCACCAUUCGCCGACUGCCUUCGGCGUUCAAAACGCAUCAGGCCUUCAAGAUAUUCUGGUUCAGUUAGAGACGUGGGAAAGCGACGCCGCCAUGAUCCACAAUGACGGCUUCCUUCACAUCACCCUCUACAUAUCGGCUGCAAAGCUGUUGGCUUAUUGCCACUUGUCUGCCUCUUCGAACUAUUACUCCGUUCUCAUCCAGCACGAGCUCGAAGACUGCCUGGAUCCUCACGCGUCGCGCCUUGUCCAGCAGAAGCUCGCCGAAAUGGCUCUCGGCGAUCCAUCAGGAAAGAAAGCUUACGACUGGGUCGCUGAGGGAUUUGAACAGAAGCUCAAUCCGGGACGUUUGCUCACGACGAAUCCGUAG